AUGAAUGAUCAUCCGCCUCGCCUCGUCUCGCCUCCCCGUGCCUCCACAGAUCAUGUCUGUACCUUACAUAAGUUGCUGCACUUGGCCCUGCGCAGUAAGGUCAGGCCUCCCAAAAUGGAGAUGGAUGGACAUGGGAAUGGCCGACGGAUUCUCCCACUCUACAGUUAUCCCGCACAAGGCCCUGCCAAGGUCAGACGCGAGAACCAGCCCCAGUAUCCACUGACCGAGACUCUGAGACUUUGCACCGCGGAUGCUGGAAAGCCUGAACCACCACGACCACCUCGCAGAUAG